AUUUACUCCAUAGCUUAUCAUCUAGGGAGCUAUUUGCCUUGACACCACCUUAGUUUGCUUGAUGGUCGAGCUCCAGAAUUCAUUAACCUCAUCAUAUCUCCUAUGAUUAUCGCAUUAUGGACUACAACGCAGCAGACUUGAGCUCCGUCCUCAGAACCCUCUCCGCCUUAUCCAACCAGCAACUACCACAAGCUCAAUCACAAGCUCAAUCACAACAUCUACAACUACAACCACAAUCACACCCUCCCUACUCUCACAAUCCAGACCCCACAACACAAACAGCACCAACAGAAGACAAUGACCCCUACGAACCCAGCGAAUCCCUCCCCCAGCUCCCCAUACCCCCGAAACCCACAUCCUCACGACCCCAACAUCACCCAACACAACAAUCACAACCACACCCACGACCAGCACCAGCACCAGCAGGAUCCAUCACCGAAGACACCUCCACCAUAACCACCUGGCCAACGGCCCUCCGCUACGUAAUGCGCACGGUAGCCCAAAACGAAGAAAUCCAACGUCGUCUCCGCUGGUUAAUCCAACGCCAACACGACCACGAGAAACAAUGGUGGCAGGGACGUGAAGCGCUCUUGAAGAAACAGUCCGCCCGGACGGAGAAGAAGAAGGAGUUGGAUGCUGUGUUGUGAGUCUACGCCAUUCCUAUUUAUCCUCAGUCAACGAUCUAUGAAGAGAAACAAUGAGAAAGAAGUCAGGCAAAGAGAUGAGUUAAUCAUUUAUGACUGUGGUUAUUAGACGAUCCGUCGGCGCUCCCGUUGAUGAGAAUAAACAAGUUUCUGUAUGUAUUUCCUUGCAUGCAGGUCAUAUGCGGAUUUGGAUACAGAUGAAGGAGAAGCACCAUAGUGCGGGUGAUCAUCCUUAUCACACACACAGACAAAUAUAACACAACCAGAAAACUACCUACACAGCUAAUACUUAAUGAUGAAUGAAACAGACAGCCGAAGAAGACCGCGCCGAACUAACCAACUACGACGCGAAAGUAUACAAAGCCUCGAGGCAAAUGUCCG